AUGGCAGACACAGACUGGGGAAAUCAAACUGUCAUCACGGAAUUCAUCCUCCUAGGAUUUAGGGAGCUCCGGGACCUGCAGAUUCUUCUCUUCCUGCUCUUCCUAGUGAUCUACCUGGCAACCGUGGCUGGGAACAGCCUCAUUGUUACUCUAAUUGUGGCUGACCAGCACCUCCAUAGCCCCAUGUACUUCUUCCUGGGGAACUUGUCCUGUUUGGAGACUUGCUACAGCUCCACCAUCCUGCCCAGGCUGCUGGCCGGGCUCCUGACUGGGGACAGAGCCAUCUCGGUCAGUGGCUGCCUCACACAAUUGUUCUUCUUUGGCGCCAUGGCUUCUACGGAAUGCUACCUGCUCGCCGUGAUCCCUGCACUAUUCGGCACUGAUGAACACCAGGUUUUCCCUCCAAUUGGCUGCAGGGACACACACUUGAUAGUUAUAUUGGAUUUCAUCUUCUCCUUCCUAUUCACCCUGCCUCCUUUUCUGCUGACCCUGACAUCCUACAUCUGCAUCAUCGCCACCAUCCUGCGAAUCCCAUCCACCACCGGGAGGCAAAAGGCCUUUUCCACCUGCUCCUCCCACCUCAUCGUGGUGACCCUUUUCUAUGGGACCCUGAUGAGUGUCGUCAUUCUACCGACACUCACUAAUCUGAGAGUCUUAAAUAAAGUGCUGUCGCUUUGCUACACGGUCCUGACCCCCCUGGUGAAUCCCCUCAUCUACAGCCUGAGAAACAGAGAGGUCAGGGAAGCCCUAAGCAAAGCCAUCAGUCAAUAUGUGGCUCUCACAAAAACACGCAGAGACUCCUAG